AAUUCCCUUUUUGAAUUCUAUCAAUAGAUACGUGGGUCUGUCGCCGUGACCUCACUCGCCGCCAUGGCUUGUGGGCUAAAAAGCAAAUAUUACUAGAGGGAGUCCUUUCUUGCUAUCGUGUGCUAUCCAAAGAUCCUUUGAAACAGGAGUAGCGCGUCAGUCUUUUGGAGUUUGCAUGAAGCCGAGAAUGGAGAAGGGGAUGCUUUGAAGUGGAGUAAGGAAAAGGGAAGUGAAUUAUGAGUGCUUUACGGCAACGUCCAGUACCCGCGCGCGGUCGUGGUGGAGACCCACGCGCGCAGCCUCCGCGGCCGCCUAUGCAGGAAGUGUACAACAUAAUCCCAGUUCACGACCUUCGAGAUGACCAUCCGUCGCUUCGAUACCUGGAAGUACGCGCCGUCGCGGCGGCCCUGUUACGUCCGAUUCUAAACCUCCCGAAACCACCGUUCGUAACGUUGGCGCCAAACAUGGACCUGAUGGACUGGUUAGGCGUCUCUUUCGGCUUUCAAAACGACAACGUUCGGAACCAAAGGGAAAACCUCGUCCUUCACUUAGCCAACUGCCAAAUGCGCCUCCAGCCGCCUCCAGCGAACCCCGACGAAGUCGACCGCGGCGUCCUUCAAAGUUUCCGCAAGAAGUUACUAAAUAACUACACUUCAUGGUGCUCUUUCCUUCGCAUCAAAUCCCACGUCCACCUCCCCACGCGCCGGGGAAACAACUAUGACCCAACCCGGGAGCUCCUCUACGUGUCUCUGUAUCUCCUAAUCUGGGGAGAAGCAGCUAAUCUCCGGUUCUGUCCAGAACUCCUUUGUUACAUUUACCAUCACAUGGCAAUGGAAUUAACCAAAUUUUUGGAUCAGCACAUCGAUGAAUUUACCGGGAGGCCGUUUGUGCCGUCGAUUUCAGGUGAUUGUGCUUUCUUGAAAUGCAUCGUUAUGCCAUUUUACCAGACGAUUAAAACAGGAGAGAGCAGUAGGAACGGAACCGCGCCGCAUUCGGCUUGGAGAAAUUACGAUGAUAUAAACGAGUAUUUCUGGGGUAGAAGGUGUUUUAAGACUUUGAAAUGGCCGAUUGAUUAUGGGUGUAAUUUCUUUGAUACUGUACCGAAGUUUGAAAGAGUUGGGAAAACUGGGUUUGUCGAGCAACGAUCGUUUUGGAAUGUGUUUAGGAGUUUUGAUCGGCUAUGGAUUCUGUUAAUUCUAUUUUUACAAGCUUCCAUUAUUGUAGCUUGGUCAAGGAAGAAGUAUCCCUGGGAAGCUUUGGGGGAAAGGGAUAUUCAGGUGGAGCUGUUAACGGUUUUCAUUACCUGGGCUGGUCUUCGGUUUUGGCAGUCUGUGCUUGAUGCCGGGACUCAGUAUAGUUUGGUUUCCAAGCAGACGGUGUGGCUUGGAAUACGGAUGGUGUUGAAGAGUAUGGUUGCUUUGACUUGGAUUGUUGUGUUUGCAGUUUUUUGCCAGAUUUGGAGUCAGAAGAAUGGUGAUAGGGGGUGGUCUUCGGCAGCAAACCAAAGGAUUGUUACAUUUCUCCAGGCCGUCUUUGUGUAUGUUAUUCCGGAGUUGUUGUCAUUGUUGUUUUUUGUGAUUCCUUGGGUUAGGAAUUGGAUUGAAGGUUUAGACUGGAUGAUUAUCUCUUGGUUGACAUGGUGGUUUCAUACAAGGAUUUUCGUUGGUCGUGGACUGAGGGAAGGUUUAGUUGAUAAUAUCAGAUAUAGUUUGUUUUGGAUUGUGGUAUUACUAUGGAAGUUCUUAUUCAGUUAUUUUCUUCAGAUAAAGCCCCUGGUUGCUCCAACAAAGGCUCUUUUGAAUCUUUCAAAUGUAAGGUAUAACUGGCAUGAGUUUUUUGGCAGCAGUAAUAGAACUGCUGUUGUGUUGCUUUGGAUGCCUGUUGUUCUCAUAUAUUUCAUAGAUUUGCAAAUUUGGUAUUCAGUUUUUUCUUCCUUUGUCGGUGCUACAAAUGGGUUGUUUUCCCAUUUGGGUGAAAUCAGGAAUAUGGAGCAACUUAGGCUUAGGUUUCAGUUCUUUGCAAGUGCAAUUGAUUUUAAUCUCGUGCCAGAGGAUCAGCUGCUGACUCCCAGGGCAACUCUGGUGAAGAAACUUAGGGAAGCAAUUCAUCGACUGCGGCUUAGAUAUGGACUUGGUCAGCCGUACAAGAAGCUUGAAUCAAGCCAAGUGGAGGCAAGAAGGUUUGCUAUGAUAUGGAAUGAAAUAAUUACUACUUUGAGGGAGGAAGAUCACAUUAGUGAUAGAGAAGUUGAGCUCAUGGAACUGCCCCCUAAUUGUUGGAAUAUUAGGGUAAUUCGAUGGCCAUGUUUUCUCCUAUGCAAUGAGUUGCUUCUUGCUCUCAGUCAGGCAAACGAGCUGGCAGAUGCACCUGACAAUUGGCUUUGGUUGAAGAUACUCAAGAAUGAGUACGGGCGGUGUUCUGUUAUUGAAGCUUAUGACAGCAUCAAACAUUUGCUUCUUACAAUCAUUAAAUAUGGCACAGAAGAGUAUUCCAUAGUCUCAAAAUUGUUUGAAGAGAUAGACUUCUGUGUGCAGAAUGAGAAGUUAACUGCCACAUUCAAGAUGACUGUGCUACAGAAAAUUCAUGCCAAGCUAGUAUUACUUCUAGAUCUUCUAGUGAAACAGAAAAAUGAUCCGAGUCGGGCAGUAAAUCUAUUGCAAGCCCUCUAUGAACUUUGCGUUCGAGAAUUUCCUAAGACAAAGAAGUCCAUUUAUAAGUUGAUGGAGGAAGGUUUGGCGCCUAAAAAUAUGGCAGCUGAUGAAGGGCUGCUUUUUGAGAAUGCUAUCAACUUUCCUGGUGCUGAGGAUGUUGAUUUCUAUAAGCAGCUGAGGCGUUUGCAUACAAUUCUUACUUCUAAGGAUUCAAUGCAUAAUGUUCCUGUGAAUCUGGAGGCUAGGAGGCGCAUCGCUUUCUUUAGUAACUCGAUCUUUAUGAACUUGCCCCGUGCUCCCAAUUGAAAAAUGAUGGCUUUUAGUGUUCUAACUCCAUACUAUGAUGAAGAUGUGUUGUAUAAGAAGGGGAUGCUUCAAGAUGAAAACGAAGAUGGCAUUUCUACAUUGUUUUAUCUCCAAAAGAUCUAUGAGGAUGAGUGGAGGAAUUUUAUGGAACGGAUGCGCAAAGAGGGGAUGGAUGAUGAUGAUGAUAUUUGGAGGGAAAAGCUGAGGGAUCUUCGCCUUUGGGCAUCAUACAGAGGGCAGACAUUAUCCCGCACAGUUAGGGGAAUGAUGUACUACUACAGGGCUCUUCAGACGCUUUGCUAUCUUGAUUCUGCAUCUGAGAUGGACAUACGAAUGGGCACACAAGAAAUUGCUUCUCAUCAUUCGUUAAACCGAAACCGUGGAGCUAUUGAUGGUGUUAAGCGGGCAACUGAAAAAAACCUUAACCGAGCGGUUAGUGGUGUAAGCCUUUUGCUCAAGGGACACGAGUAUGGAUUUGCUUUGAUGAAAUUUACCUAUGUAGUCACCUGCCAAGUUUAUGGACGGCAAAAGGCAAAGGGAGAGAGCCACGCUGAGGAAAUUCUAUUUCUGAUGAAAAACAAUGAAGCUCUUCGAGUUGCCUAUGUAGACGAGGUUGAGUUAGGGAGAGACGAGGUUGAGUAUUACUCGGUUCUUGUCAAAUAUGACCAAAAGUUGCAGAGGGAGGUAGAGAUCUAUCGCAUUAGAUUGCCUGGGCCCUUGAAACUUGGGGAAGGAAAACCAGAAAACCAGAAUCAUGCCAUAAUUUUCACUCGAGGUGAUGCUGUUCAGACCAUUGACAUGAAUCAAGACAAUUAUUUUGAGGAAACACUGAAGAUGCGAAAUUUGUUGGAGGAGUUCAAGACCAAUCAUGGUAUUAGGAAGCCAACCAUUCUUGGAGUUCGUGAGAAUGUCUUCACAGGUUCAGUUUCGUCCCUCGCGUGGUUUAUGUCUGCUCAGGAAACAAGUUUUGUGACCCUUGGGCAGCGUGUUCUGGCCAACCCUUUGAAGGUGAGAAUGCACUAUGGUCACCCUGAUGUGUUUGAUCGAUUUUGGUUCUUGACUAGGGGUGGAAUUAGCAAGGCUUCUAGGGUGAUUAAUAUCAGUGAGGACAUAUUUGCUGGCUUCAACUGCACUUUGAGAGGUGGCAAUGUAACUCACCAUGAAUACAUACAGGUGGGUAAAGGGAGGGAUGUGGGAUUGAAUCAGAUAUCUAUGUUUGAGGCCAAGGUUGCCAGUGGCAACGGUGAACAGGUAUUGAGCAGAGAUGUCUACCGAUUGGGUCAUAGGCUGGACUUCUUUCGGAUGCUUUCCUUUUACCACUCAUCUGUUGGACACUAUUUCAAUACGAUGAUGGUGGUACUGACUGUUUACACAUUUUUGUGGGGCCGCCUCUAUCUCUCGCUCAGUGGCGUUGAGCGUCACGCCAUGAAUCAAAGUGUCAACAAUAAGGCUCUUGGAACAAUCUUGAAUCAGCAGUUCAUAAUACAGCUUGGUCUGUUCACUGCCCUUCCAAUGGUUGUUGAGAACACUCUUGAACAUGGGUUUCUUCCGGCAGUUUGGGACUUCUUGAAAAUGCAAUUGCAGCUAGCUUCAUUUUUUUUCACCUUCUCCAUGGGAACACGGACCCAUUUCUUUGGCCGGACCAUCCUUCAUGGGGGUGCCAAAUACAGAGCCACUGGACGUGGUUUUGUGGUUGAGCAUAAGUCCUUUGCAGAAAAUUAUCGACUUUAUGCCCGAAGCCAUUUUGUGAAGGCAAUUGAACUUGGUGUUAUCUUAGCUGUGUAUGCUUCGUAUAGCCCCCUCGCUAAUGAUUCAUUUGUUUACAUAGCUAUGACCAUUUCAAGUUGGUUCCUUGUGGUGUCAUGGAUAAUGUCCCCUUUUGUGUUCAACCCAUCUGGCUUUGACUGGCUGAAGACGGUCUAUGAUUUUGAUGAUUUUAUGAAUUGGAUAUGGUGUAGAGGUGGUGCACUUGCAGAAGCCAACAAGAGUUGGGAAAUAUGGUGGUACGAGGAACAAGACCAUUUGAGAACAACAGGUCUUUGGGGAAAGCUACUAGAGAUAAUUUUGGACCUUCGUUUCUUCUUCUUCCAGUAUGGUAUCGUGUAUCAGUUGGGCAUCGCGAAUCAUAGCACCAGUGUUGGUGUGUACCUGUUAUCUUGGAUAUACAUGAUUGUGGCUGUUGGGAUCUAUGUGGUUAUAGCAUACGCUCAAGACAAAUAUGCCUCAAAACAGCACAUCUACUGGGUAGUUCAACUUGUAGUCGUUAUACUUGUGAUACUUGUGAUUGUCUUACUGCUGGAGCUCACUUCAUUUAAGUUUAUUGAUCUUGUGACAAGUCUUAUGGCAUUCAUUCCAACGGGAUGGGGUAUGAUAUCCAUUGCCCAAGUGGUUAGACCGUUUUUGCAAUCCACUGUGGUGUGGGAGACUGUAGUUUCCUUGGCACGGCUGUACGAUCUGUUGUUUGGAGUGAUUGUCAUAGCUCCUGUGGCAUUGGUGUCGUGGUUGCCCGGAUUCCAGGCAAUGCAGACAAGAAUCUUAUUCAAUGAGGCGUUUAGCAGAGGUCUUCAGAUUUCUCGCCUUAUUUCCGGAAAAAAGUCAACUGAAUGAUGUUGAGAGUUGUAGUGCAAAUUUCAAAUGAUGAAAACUCUUUGCAUUAUUUGAGAAAAGAGCAGAGCCUGAAGCUUGAAAGCUGAACUGAAUGCAAAGUAAGGAAUUUGGACAAACAAUGCAAUGAUAGUCUCACACGUGCCCUGUUUCGAUAUCAAAUGAAGGAUAGUAAUUAUAUCAUUGCAGCUGAGGACUACAAAUGCCAUAAUCUAAUCUCCCUUUCCUUGUUGACCUAUAUUCAUCUGUUAUUCAGGGUAA